AUGGCAUAUGUUAUAGAUGGGGACACCUCCAUAACAUGGCAGGCUAGUAGAGUACACAAAGAUUUCCAAGGACUGGGUCUGUUAAAAAAGCUAGGCCACUACCUACAGAGCAUCCUAAAAGAGAGAUACCCCAAGUUAAAAAGGGAGCACUACACCAGUGCAAACUGGCCAGUUAUCUCAAAGGUUCUAUCAAAACGACCAAAGGAGAAACUUGUUAUGAAGAGGCCAAGAGUCUCAUUUGAUACAAACCCAACAGACCUGAACCAAAUCUUAAAGAACCAAUCCAAGAAACAGGAAGACUUAAUUGACGCAUUGAAGAAAAUACAUGUGCUCAGUAUUGAAGAGGGUGUGGUGGCCUUAAAGAACUGUGAUUGGUCCAAGUUAUUCCCUACAGGGUUUCUCAUAGCGAAUUGGGAGCCAUAUAUGAUCCAGUAUGCAUCAAACUACCCACUCUUCCUACAAGAUUCCACAAUGUUAGCAACAAGGGAUAAAAGUGGGCAAGUUGAAUCAAUAAGUUUUGGGACAAUUAUAAAUAGCCCCGCUGCACUGAGAUAUCGCGCUGAUUACUAUGGUAACAGUGAACAAGAUGCCAUACAUCAUAUUAUGAAACAUGCAGUUUUGAUAUCACAAUUAGAUCAGAAAAGAGAUAUUUCCUACGCAAUACUAUUGCCGGAGACUCUUGAUAAACAAGCCAUAAAAGAUUUUGUGGUGACCAAGAUGGGGUUUACCAAUCAAAGGACUGAUGAGAAUUUAGCUCUGCUAAUAAGUAUGCCACCAAGAAAUUUUCUUUCGAAGAUGUAACAGUAUAGUUCAAAUAAUACUGUAAAAA